GGGCGAGCCUGAGCCGGCCGAGGUUUCGAGGCCGCUUGGGCUGCGGGGGAGGUUCGAUUCGGCCCCGGGUUCAUCUCAUGCGGCCGAAAAAAGACCGAGAUUUAACGUCAGAGUCUUCAAGCCAACAAAAGACCGAGCGAGCGAGCGGUGGACCCAAACCGGCUUGCCAACCCCUCCCGGAAUUAAAGGGGAAUCUCCUGGAUAUUAACGAGAUAGGGAGGAAUUAACAAAAAUCGUUUUGCUUUCAUUUUAUUUGUACACGUUUGUUUAUUAGUUAUAAAGGUGUAGGGAAAAAAAUACAGUUUUGUGGGGGUAGAGCAUUUAGCGUUUAGAGGUCUUGCAAUGAAACCUCCAGUAUUAUGUGCAAUCAGGGUUGGCAACUGUACCUCAAUCCCAUGCAAAUUCCUCAAUGAAUCUUUAUCCCCGAGGAGGCCAGGUAGCCAAGUGUUUUGAAGAUGCAAGGGACAACGCCUGGUAACCACGGCCCUCCGAUGCUGCAAAGGGUGACCCUGGGCCUUGUAUCCCUUGUUGCUGCCCUCCUUACAGUCACCACGUUCUUCAGGAUGGAACAUCUUCACCACUUGCUUUUGUUGAAGGGACCUGAAAACAACAGUUCAGACUCAUGCCCGUAUGGCCACUUCCGGCUGGCAGGAAUGAAGGAUUGUCUCUCCUGGCUGUCCUGUGAAAUGAUACAGAGUGAGGUUACUGUGAUGAAGCUGAUGGGACAAGGUGCUGUCAAAAAGGUAUUCCUCGCACACUGGAGAGGAAACAAAGUGGCUCUCUCUCGUCUUGCCCUCUCCGAAUUCAGCAACGACUUCUUUCAUGGAUUAGAGAUGCUGAAAGGCUUACAGUGUGUGUACGUGGUUAAACUGCUAGGAUACUGCGAGGAAGAUCACACUAUUCUCACAGAGUAUCAUCCUUUUGGAUCGUUAAUCAACAUUAAUUCCAUUUUGGAGCAAGAGGAUCAACGCGCCUUUAAUACUUGGGAAGUUCGAUUUCGUUUGGCGGUUGAAUAUGUGAUGUUCCUGCAUUUUUUACACAACAGCCCUUUGGGCCCCCGGGUAAUGUGUGAUUCCAAUGACCUUGGGAAGACCUUGUCCCAGUAUUUGUUAACUACAGACCUGCAUGUGAUAGCUAACGAUUUGGAUGCUUUGCCCCUGGUCAAUCGGAGCACUGGUGCUUCAGUGAAAUGUGGUGCCCGACAGUUGCAGGGUGACUUUGUGGCCCCAGAGCAGCUUUGGCCAUUUGGUGAUGACCUUGCAUUUUCUGAUGACCUCAUGCCUCCAUACGACGAGAAAACGGACAUAUGGAAGAUUCCAGAUGUUACAGAUUUCCUGCUGGGGCAGGUCGAAGGAAGUGAUGUUCUCAGGCUCCAUUUGUUUCAGUUGCAUCAAGACUGUAAGAGAAAUAUGCCAGAGCAAAGACCCUCAGCGCUGAGGGUUGUACAGACUUAUAAAGCUAUUUACACUUCACUGACACAGGAAUCUGAACUAUCUGGUACUUACAGCAGGACAUUACAUGAUUUAUAAUUAAUGGCACGAUUCUGUUCUUAUAGGGUAGAGGUAUUUGAUAGAAGUAUUCAAGGUCAUGAGGGGUCUGGACAGAGUAGGUAGGGAGAAACUGUUCCCACUCCUGAAAGGAUUGAGAACAUGAAGACAUAGAUUUAACACAAUUGGUGAAAGCAAUGGCGACAUGAGGAAACGCUUUUUCAUGCAGCAAGUGGUGAAGGUCUGGAAUGCACUGCCUGACAAUGUGGCAGAGACAGCUUCAAUCGAGGCACUCAAAAGGGAAUUAGACUGUUAUUUGAAAAGGAAGAAUGUGCAGGGUCUGGGGGAGAAGGCGAGGGAAUGGCACGAGAUGAUUUGCUCAUUCGGUGAGCUGGUGCUUGCCUGGGCCAAUGGGCCGCCUUCUGUGUUGUAACAAUCCUGUGAUUCUUUGA